ACUUUGGCCAGGCAGGUACACCAAGCAGCGUUCCUUCCCUACAACAAACUACGACUUUCUUCGCCUGAAAAUCGUCUCAAUUUCGAUAUGUCUUCUUCUUCCUCUUCUUGGACUUUCUCCCCAGAAGAAAAAAAGUGUGUGGCGUGAUUGCGUGCGUGUCUGUUAGCGUGUGAGUUAAUUUGUGUCGUGGGGGGUUGGAUGACACUGUUAUUGUCGAGUGGUAGCAGCAGCAGCAGCAGCGUGGUGCGAGAACUUUCUUCCUUCUCAUCACCUGAGUGCACUUGGGUGGUUCGGAAUCCCGUUCCAAUGAUAAUUCCUCCCAAACGCUCCUUCCACUACGCCACCUGUCUCGAACUCACCAUGACUGAGUAUCCGGACAAUAAUUGCAACAUGUGGCAAGACUUGGAGAGCGUCCUGCUCAGCGAUAACAAUGGAGGAGGCGAUGGUCAAGGUUCACCUCCGUCUAGACCCUCCACCGAACCUGUCACGACCACCACGACCCCGGUCCCGUUCUACUCAGGGUCACGAGGAGGAGGUCACCUCUUUGUUCCGGGUGAGACCCCGUCCACCUCCUCCUCCCCGCAGGCACCGACCAGCACCACGACCGGAAAUGGUGGUGGUGGAAACUUCCUCGUUUUCAAUUAUGACCCCACAUCAACCACGACAACACAACCGUGCUCACUUUCACCCCUGAAGGAGGCCAGAUGUGCAAUCAAGGUCGAGGUGAACGAUCACCACCAAACGUCCUGCGGAGAUGAUAACAAUAACACGACCACGUUACAUAACAAAGGGACGGGAGGAGGUGGAGGCAACCGGUACGACCACUUGAACAUCCACCCCCACAACAAUACACCCCCACCACCCCCACCACCGCAAAUCGGAGUGAUCAACUACAUCAAUAAACCACUGCACCAUCCCCACCACCACUACGAAGGGGGCAGUGGCAAAGGGAGUGGAACCUUUGGGGGAGCCUUUCAAGACUCGCACUUCUCAAUCUACCCCACUUCCGGGGGUGGGAAUCAUCUCACCCGUCCCCCAGGGUAUCACCACCACCACCAUCACCAUCACCCCCUCGACCCCAGACCAGAAUACAAUCCGGAAAACUACACCUCUUCCGGGGUGGAGAGUAACUUCUCCCAGUGCCAAUACUCACCCUCGACAAGUCCUCAACAACAGCAGCAGCAGCAGUACUACCCUUCAUCCGUCCCCCCUGCGUCGGCAUCCUCCUGCAUGGACCACUCCUCCUCCGCGACCACGUCCUCUCUCAACAUUAAUCUCAACCUCAACUUCCAAGGGGGCAAUCUCAACUCGCGGUUUCAUCCCCAUCUCACCAACCACCACCACCACGUCUCCCCAUCCCCCUCACUCCCCAAUCACUACUCCUUCAAGGUCAUGACCCCACCAGUUUCGCCUGCCUAUACGCCUCGAGGAGGCGGCCUUAUCCCACCACAACAGCAAACCACCACCCCCCACUACCCACCCCAACCGCCACCACCACCACCCCAACUCUACCACCAACUCCACCACCACCCAAACAAUCAAUUCCACCACCAUCAUCACCACCCCCACCACAAUGUUCAGAACGAUGCUGGCCUCCUCGGCGGCCACCUCGUCGUCACGACGCCGACCCCGAAUAAUCCUGCCACCAAACCGAAACGGGGUCGUCGUCGGUGGGGGAGGAAGAAGGUGACGACGCAUUCCUGCACGUACACCGGGUGUAGCAAAACCUACACGAAAUCGUCCCAUUUGAAGGCCCACCUCCGCACCCACACGGGUGAAAAACCGUACCAAUGCACGUGGAAAGGGUGCGGCUGGAAAUUCGCGAGGUCGGACGAACUCACGCGACAUUUUCGCAAGCACACGGGCGAUCGACCCUUCCAGUGCAGAUUGUGCGAGAGAGCGUUUUCACGAUCGGAUCACUUAUCGCUGCAUAUGAAGCGACAUAUCGCAGUGUGAUUAGAUUGUCUCAAUUUGCCCCCACCUCUUUGUCUGAUCUCAUUUUUGUCUCCACUCAUAUAUACAAUACGUAUUUACAUACAUGCUGAAAAGUAUUUAGAGGGGUAAUCUGCGACUUUAAACUAUUUUCCACUCUUAUCCGGUAUUCUGUUCCAUAAGGAGAAGAUGAGACGAUACACGUAAA